CAUAUUUAAAUGAAUCUCUCUUAUUCUGUGUAGUGUGAAGAGAGUAGAGAUGUGUCCUGCACUGUUCCUCCUCAUCCUGCUGUCCUGUACCACAUGUCACUAUGGUCACAGCUGCUCACUGGAAAACAUCACAAUAGCGCUGGAUAAAGACAGCUGUGGAAACUGUUUGACUAUUAAUACCACAGCCUGUGCUGGGUUCUGCUUCACACAGGAUCCAGUUUACAAGAGCUCACUGGCACCUUUCAGCCAACAAACUUGCACCAUCAAAGAGGUGACCUAUGAAACCAUCCAGCUGCCUAACUGCACCGGGCAUGGGGACACAGUGUAUACCUUCCCAGUGGCGCUCAGCUGUGAAUGUGGCCUGUGCCAUACAGACAGCACGGACUGUGGAUCUCCCACCUUUGGCUCGACUGAUUGCCCAACCAAGUAGAUUUACAGCCACUGGCUUACAAUUACAGCUCUUCAACAGUGUGGGUCAAGGAAGCCCUCCUGGGGCCACUGAGACUGCCUGCCCCCACUAAAUAGCCAAGACUGAUGUCCUGUGAAAGGUACCACCCAGUUUUUCUGCCAUGGCAAGAGCACAAACACAUUCAGUCAGCUUUCACUCUGUACAUUAUCAGCACUUGCUGACAACAGAAAAACAAAUGAAAGGUAGCAG